CAUUGGAUGAGCUUAAGAAGGAUGCAAGCUCGUCGGUGUCUGAGGAAUAUGGACGCUUACUUGAAACUCUUACGACGAAAGGGGGCUUUCGCGGUGCUGGGAAGCGCACGAGCAAUCCCGGUGAAUUACUCGUCUGUUUGUGGGCAAGCUCAGAUAUACUUGAACGGGCUAUGAAAUGGGAGAAAUCCACUGGCCUACCAUCCGCCAUGUCCCCAACAUUACGUACUCCAGCGACGAAGUAUUGCGCACUGUACUCGUAUGUAACCUCCCCAACGUCAAUCGGGGGUCUUGGAAUUUUUCCUUCGGCCGAUUGGCCACACAUUCAGGGUGUAGUCGUCAGGCAUCCGGAGGACUUCAGACAGGGGUGGCUGAGAUGGAUUGGGCGCCCUGUUCCGAGCCUAGCUUAUAGCAAUGAGCUUCUUGACUCUAUGGCGCAACAAUAUGGAGUGGAUGUCGCAUUGUACUUCGCCUUCCUUUCGUCCUCUUUGGUCUCAGGAGAAUCCCUCUUCAGACCAUAUUUCUCUAUUUCCGUUAUUGUAUGGUCACUUCUCUUCGUAGAGGGCUGGAAGCGCAGACAACACCAACUCACACGGCGAUGGAAUGCAGCAUCUGACUACAUUCCACCCGAUUUAAUUGUUGGGUCCAAGGACUCGCCAUGGUGGAAGACCGAGCUGAAAACUGCUUUGUCUCUUCCCCUAAUUGGAAUGGCAGUUCUCUUCGUUGGGUUCAAUAUGACUGUUGCCUUCAUUCUUGAAGCUUUUGUCAUGCGAAUGUAUAACGGUCCAUUUCAAUCUCUUGCUUCGCUUGUUCCAACAAUAUAUAACAUCUUUACCACGCCUCCCUUCGUGGCCAUUUACUCCGGCAUCGCCGCAAAGCUUGUGUCAUGGGAAGCCCAUCCGAACAAACCCUCACAUGAUGCCUCUCUUCUUUUCAAAGUUGCACCCGUAAACGCCAUGGUAGCCCCGGUCUCUGAGGCAAUCCAUGCGGCAGAGGGGAUGACAUCACCUGCCAAAGGGUUGAACGCGAUUCUCCCAAAGACGACACCGCACACAAGGUUGUCGGAACAAUUGUUCUCGUUCACUUUCGUUCUGCAGUUGGCGCCGCUUGUGGCAGAGCUGCUCAUUCCUCUUGCCCUGAGGUGGUAUUCGAGGAGGAAGAACGGUCCAAAGAGGAUCCUUGAUGGAGGGAAAGGUCCCGCAGUUGUUGAGCGUAUUGCAUUUGAGGCAUCGUUACCCGAACGUAACAUCUUUGUGGCUUUGAAAAAGCGGAACCUAACCCUCCCUUGCUAUACGGCAUAUCCAUUAACGCCAGCUCUCAUUCUCUUUUUGUCAAUGAUCCGUCUGCGCGCCGAUGCUCUCAAACUGCUUGUCCACUACAGGUAUACCCCGUCCUCUCACUCAGCAGCUCAUAGAUCGAGAGUGUGGGCCAGCGCAUGGUCCGUCAUUAUAUGGUUCAGCGCAUUGGUAAACGUGGCUCUGAUCGCCAUCCUAGACCCCUUCAUGCGCGCUGAACAAGACUUCGUCCCAAAAUUGACGUCGCAACGGCCCUCAUCGAUUUUUUCAUUGUCUUAUGUUUCGGACGCCAAGUCUGCACACUCGCCUUUUCCAUCAAGUUUAGCCUCGGGAGCAGUAACGGUCCUCUUGGCAUCAUACGCUGUCAUUUUGCUGAAAGGUUACGUCGCACAUCUGCUUCGUUCACGGGCACACGCGUCAUUAGAGUCACUCGUUGAUGAUGUGAAGAUCAAAGAUGUGCCUCAGAAGGGGUCCGCGCUGUCGGAAGCCUUCUGGGCAGAAGAUGAAGGUAACUCAGAGAUUUGGAAGAAAGCCAUUUAAAUUCCAAGUCACUGUGAGAGUGGAAUCUACGUCGAUACCAGCUACGUACGUCCUUCA